GACCAGCAGCCUCCCGAGCGAGUGCCAGCAGGGCGGCGAUUCCUGCGUCUCUCCGGGCUAGGGGCGUUUCUGCGGCCGCCGCCCCAACUUGCUCUAUUAACCGGCGGAGGGGGCGGGCUCGGCGGCUCCCCCCACUCGUCCGGCCACUCCCGCUCGGCGCGUGAGUCAGGCAUUUCCCGGGAACUCGCAGCAGCCGCAGCCGGGCGGGCUCGGACCCUGCCCCGCGGGCUCCAUGGAGAAGGUGGUGGCGGCGGCGGCGGCGCAGGGCGGCAGCAACGGGGAUGGAGGCAGCAACAGCAGCAGCCGGAGCAGCAGCCGCCCCACGUCGGCGGGCUCGUCUCCCUCCUCCAUGGGCCGCGGGCUGCCGGGCCGGCCAGCGGCAGGCAGGCUGGAAGGCGGCGGAGGAGGGAGCAGCAGUAGCCCGGGCUCGGCAGCUGCGAGCCCGGGAGGAAGCGGAGGGCGGCCGGCGCUGGGAAGCGGCCGCAGGAGGGAGCCGGCGCUGGAGGGAGCGCUCAGCAAAUACACCAACCUCCUGCAGGGCUGGCAGAGCAGGUACUUUGUGCUGGAUUUUGAGACUGGGAUUCUGCAGUAUUUUGUGAAUGAACAAAGUAAAAACCAGAAGCCACGAGGAGCCCUGUCUUUAGCUGGAGCUAUAAUCUCUCUCAGUGACGAAGUGCCACACAUGUUGGUAGUAUACUUUGCUAAUGGAGAGAUAUAUAAACUGAGAGCUGCUGAUGCAAAGGAAAAACAAUACUGGGUGACUCAGCUCCGAUCCUGUGCCAAAUACCACACGGAAGGUAAUUCUAAGGUAAAUAAAAUAAUGGGAAAGAAAUAGCAUUGUUGGAUAUAACUGGAGUAAG